GGCUUCAUAGGUGCCAGACCUGUGUGUUAUCGUCAUUUUUCUCAAUCUUGGUUGGUUAACUCUUUUUUUUUUUUAAAAGCCUAACCUCGGAAGUGCCUCGGGAAUAUACGUUGCGUCCAUUGUCCCGUUUUUACGGUUUUGUGUCAUCACUUCCGUUAACGAGAUUAUUCUUUGUGCCAAUUAGUUGCUGUUAGCAGAAAGCGCCACACAUUAAACCUAGCGUCAGACUCACCGUAUAGCUGCGGUCUGUGUGCAGUCGGUGGCUCCGGCAAUGACCCGUUUCGUUUUUCCGGGGCGACCGACUUAACAGCCUCGCCUCGGACGGUCGGGCCACUUCUCUCGCUGUAAACUUCAGGUCUCCCUGUCACUUGCUUGGUUUAUCACAAUGGUGAGCAGCGUCGCUCUGCGGGCUCAGAUCGCCUCCAUCAUCGAUGCCCUGUCCAAAGCGGCCGUGGCAGAAAUCUCCAAAGUUGUGGAGGACGGCAUGGUGGUGCUGCGGCUGGAAAUGUGUCAGCGGGAGAAUGAGAUCAAGAAGCUGAAGAGCAGCGUGGAGGUUCUCCACAGCGAGCUGAGAGCGGCGCAGGACAGGGUGACCCUGCGACCCAGCACCUAUGGGAGAGAUGGUAGUCAGAGUGCCGCCGGUGAUGAGAGGACCUCGCUUGAAAAUGUGCGCGCUGACCAGGACCACAACAGCCUGUCCAUACCGGAGGUCCAGGUUAAACCUGAACCCAUGGAACAGGGAAGUGUCGGAGGGCAAACUGAUCAGCUGGGAGAGGAGCUGGGUCUGUACGAGGGGAACAGUGGGCAGUGGAGAUCGACCACGCAAAACGAGACAGGACGCAACAACUCCGAUUAUUUAAAUUUAGGGCAGAACUCCCUGUCGUGUCUCCCUGAAUCCUCCCUGAACUCUGGACUGGCCGUGCCCUGCAGCGGCUCCGGCGGGUUUCAGCAGAGCCCGUUCAGCCGUGGGCUGCUGGGUCACAGUCAGUACCGUAACUUGUACAACAUUGUGCGGAGGAGGAAGAGGUUGAUGUUUAAGAAAGGCUUCGUCUGUCCGUACUGUGGCAAAUGUUUUGAGCGCACCGGGCACCUCGAGAGACACAAAAGGAUUCAUACCGGCGAGAAACCGUAUCGUUGCGAGAUUUGUGGGAGACGUUUCAAUCAGACGUGCAGCCUCAAGGAGCACAUGAAGAUUCAUCGUAGAUGUAUUCAGCCCAGACCAGUUGAAGUCCAAGUAGGCGAACAGAAGCAAAUUCCCGAGGUGAAUCCGCGUACCGACACACAUCGCCCUGAGGAAGAGAGCCAGAUCAAAGCUGAGGAUGACCCACCCAAGAACGAGGACAUGCUCCCAACACCUGUACAGGUCAAAUCUGAGCCGGUCGAGGAGAACGUAACACAGCCGCUGUUUCAUGGAGGAAGCGAGCAGACAAAGGAAGGAGGAGACACCCUCGGUGAAAACUUUACAGCGUUUGAGAGGGACGGCCAGCAGUGGAUCCCUAGAUUACAAGGACAGAACAGCACAGAGAUGAGCAGUGUAGAAUAUCACGCCGGCUCGGCGCAAAAUAUGACGCCCUUCCCCGGGAUGGCUCAGUUACUCCCGUCACCGGCCGAAGCUUCUUGUAGCGCCUUCCCCUUCCCGGGGAAAGCGUACGGGGAGAUAAAAAACAGCAUGAUCUCCCAAGCACCCUGCGGAUCGUUAGACACGCUGCUGAUGUCAAGCGAAGCGGGCUUACGUGGCGUGGCGGACGCCUCGCUCAAUCACCACCCGCAGAGGAGAAGCAGGUCUUUUCAGGUGAUCAAACCGAAGAAGUGCUUCGUCUGCUCGUACUGUGGCAAGGUCUUCGAGCGCGCCGGACAUCUGGAAAGACAUUUACGAAUUCAUACCGGGGAGAAGCCGUACGGGUGCCAUAUCUGCGGGAGGUGCUUCAAUCAGAAAAGCAGCCUCAAGGGCCACAUGAAGACGCACAGAAACGGGGAGAGCACAGAUGUGCUGGAGGCACAUCGCCUGAUGAUCACGAUGCCAGAUAAUCCACCGCUGGAGAACCUGGCAGAGCCCAGGACCGGACCAGCAGCUUUUGAGGAGCAGUUGCCGGGCAGUGAGGCGGUUGGUGAGCAAACAGUAAUGGUGAAGGUGGAGCCAAACGGAGAGGAUUUUCACACUCUAAGUCAGGCAGGGCCCGACAGCGGCACCGGAGCUCCAGACCAAAGUCAGCUGUGGACAUCAGGGAUAGAAAAGAGUGGUGACCCCACGGAGCAAACUGUCUGUGUACUUUUACAUGAUGUCAAGUAUCACCUCAGUCCUGCAGCUGGAACGGCCAACCAGCAGCAGGGAUACACAUCUCCAGUCAAGGAUCUGCCUUUUCUAGAGGACAAAGAGAAGGAAGAGAUGAUGCACAGUGAUCAGUUUUCAGUGAUGGGAAUACAAUCAAGAAGCUCUGAUAUGACUCUCACAUCUGAGCUACGAGACCAACAUAUUAUACAAGAGGUGACUGUGAGCGAUUACAGCGCAGUGAGUGACCCGACUCACGAGGGGACUGCGUUUGAAUUCAACAUGACCGCCUCGAGCAACCGUCAGGACAACUGCGACAGAGACGCCACCAGACGAAAGUGCUUCAUAUGCUCGAGUUGUGGGCAAAGCUUCGGUAAUUUCACUUUAUUCGAGCGGCACCAGUGUAAGAGUAUUACCGAGCCGUCCUUCAGCUGUGAGAUAUGUGGUAAGAUUUUUGAUCAGAUGAGCAUCCUGAAGUUGCACCUUAAAGUCCAUAUGAACAUGGCGACGUGCAUUCCCUUCCAAACGCAGUUAUCCUCAAUAAUGGAGGUCCUGGUGAAGGCAGCAGUGGCAGAGAUAUCCAAACUAGUCGAUGACAAAUGUUCGUUUUUGCAUCUUGAAAUAUCCCGAAAGCAAAGCGAGAUUGAGAUGCUGAAAAGGAAAUUAUUAAUGAUGGAGAACAAAAAUGCGCAGCUGCAGAGCGGGUUUGAAAACUACAUGGACCGAGGAACUGAUGUGGGGAGUAAUUGUCCUCAUCCCACUGGAGAUAUGAAGUUUCCAGAGAUUGAAGAUGCCACAGUUUCCUUCACAAUAAAAGAAGAGAGUCCAGAUGAAACACUGUGGAUCAGUGAUGCUACUGGACCGAUUGGUCCUGCUGUACAGUACCCCAAUCCAGGUAAUGCUCUAGAAAGCCAGCAGCUUGAGGAGGACCAUCAGUUAAACCAUUCAGAUGUCGCCAGGCUGAAAACAUCGGACUUUGGUGACUUGUAUAACUCUGGUCAACACACAGGAGACAUCAGCGGCCUUCAUUUCACUGUCAAGACUGAGAAGGAGGAGGACCGAUCGGGACUCGGUCCGGACGGAUGCCAGCACAGCGCGGGGAAGCAGACUCAGCUUGCUGCUGACUUUUCCAUGGAUGAAAGAGAGAAUCAACUCUGGUCGUCCAUAAUUGAAGGUAACGACAUUGACGCCGGGUUUCCCGACUUUUCUAGUGUGGUGGAGGAGUACUCCAACACAUUCCCAGACCAUUCGGAUACGCACGUGGUUUCUAACACGAGCAAGUCGACUAGUGUCCAGCAGCCGUCCUCUCAGAGGCCGUGUAACGGGAUCUACAACAGUGAGUAUCAGAAGGAUGUUCCUCAGUCGUCCAAUUUUCAGAGCAGACCUCAGGGUGCUCUCUCACAGCAGGACAGGCAGAAGGAACAAAUGUACUCGCAGAGGAACGCCUCUCAUUUUGGACAACACAGGCAGCCGGACGAACACCCCGAGAGGGAGGCCGCGGCUGGAGACAGAGCGGUCGUAACUCACUCGCACAACGCUUUCACGCCGAGCAGCUACCACACUCACGCCCCCCACAGACCUUUCUCUGGCGCGGCGCGAGGCUACGUCUGCUCGCAGUGCGGGAAGGCGUUCGGCCGCCUGCACCAGUUCAAGCUGCACCAGCAGAGCCACAAGAGGAAGCGAGCGUUCUGGUGCACGGUGUGCGGGAAGAGCUUCCAGUGUUCGUCCCACCUCAGCAUACACCACCGGACGCACACGGGCGAGAAGCCGUACGGUUGCGGGCAGUGCGGGAAGAGGUUCACGCAGCAGAGCAGCCUGAGGGUCCACCAGCGCACUCACAGCGGGGAGCGGCCCUACAGCUGCGCUCAGUGCGGGAAAACCUUCAUCCUGAUGCACCACCUGAAACGGCACAGAAUUAUUCACACAUACAGCUGAGGUGCAGGUGUGUGUGUGUGUGUAUGAGGCUGUGAGGCUCAGGUGAAAGGACACAAAUGACCCUUAAAACAAAAUCAAAAAAAACAAUGAACGGCGACUCUUUGGGUUGGGAUUUGUAACCAUGUGGACUUGCUCACAGACUUUCUACAUGAAUGCAUAUUUUACUAUGCAAAAUCCAUCUGGAUGGAUUUAAAGACGUUCGCUUCUUUUUUAAAAAAAAUACUUUUAUAAUUAUGGACAUGUGAAAUUGAAUCGCACCCUCAAACAGAGUUCACACACGUCCGUAUUUUUAACUUCAAAAGCUAGAUAUCCAAAAAAAAAAACAAGGUCUAAAAUGUAGAGCCAUUAAAAAAGAAAAAAAUUUCCUGCAGAUAUCCUCUUACAGUUGUAUACAUGCUGUUCUUCACUCAUAGACACAGUUUGUUUUAGCGUCUCCUGUAGAAACGAGCCUUAUUUCAUCUCAGUACUGAAACUGUAGAAGCACAAGAUGCUCAUUAUUCCCAUUAAGUUUCCCCUUCACAGUCACGUGUGGGUUUUUUCCGUUCAGUGGCGUUGAAGCAGCUCUCAGGUUUAUGUUUUGAUGUCAACACUGAUGAAAAAAACAAAAAAAAAACCUGCCUGAAUAUUGUUUCAACUUUAAUUUUCCAUGAAAGUUCACCCGCAAAAUCAGUCGCUCUUUGUUAUGAUUCAUAUUAAAGCAUCGUUAAAAUCAA